AUGACGAUGCCAGCGCCUCGGCGACGUUUUGUCCGAUUGUUACUCCCCGUAGCUGCCAUCUUCUUCGUGCUGUACCAAGCAUUCUUCAGGCUAUCAUCAGCCGGCAGCGACCAUGGCCCGAUCUUGACUCAAGUUCCCCCUCCCAGGGCUGGCUCAAUUGAGUUUGUCCCCUCUGGCUUCGACUGGGCCACCGGCUUCAGGCCGUACUACCCUCGGCCGCCUGCAGACCAGGCGCGGCUGCCCCCCGCCUCGGCGAGGAGGCCCAUCCCACGCGUCCAGCACGCGUUCGAGACCGACCCGCCCCGAGGUGACCUGCCCGUCCAGGAGGCGCGGCAAAAGGCCGUCCGCGACGCCUUCAAGAAGAGCUGGGACAGCUACGACAAGCACGCCUGGACCCACGACGAGCUGCGGCCGCUGACGGGCGGCGGCAAGGACACGUUUGGCGGCUUCGGCGCCACCCUGGUCGACGCGCUCGACACGCUGUGGAUCAUGGGCCUGAAGCAGGAGUUUGUCGACGCCGCCAGGGUGGCGUGCCGGCUGGACUUUUCGCCCACCGCCAUCACCAAGAGGGCCGGCAGCCUCAACGUCUUUGAGACCACCAUCCGCUUCCUCGGCGGCUUGAUUUCGGCCCACGACCUCAGCGGCGAGCCGGCUCUCCUGCAAAAGGCCGUCGAGCUGGGCGACAUGCUGCUGGCUGCGUUUGACACGCCCACCCGCAUCCCGGGGUUCUGGCUCAACUUUCACGACGCGGCAAAUGGGCGACAGCAUGCGGGCAGUGGCGAUCCCGCCGCAUCGCCGGCCAGCCUUUCGCUCGAGUUUACGCGGCUGGCUCAGCUGACCAACAACCACAAGUACUACGACGCCAUCGAUGUCAUCUCAAACAUGCUGUACAAGACGCAGAAUCAGACACUGCUCCCGGGGAUGUGGCCGGUGCUGCUCAACUUCCAAUCGUGGGAGACGGCCGGCGUCCAGUCGCACCAUGAAUUCGGCCUGGGAGCCCUUGCCGACAGCCUCUACGAGUACCUGCCCAAGAUGCACGCGCUACUUGCCGGGAGUGACCCCAAGUAUGAGGCUAUGUACCGAGUCGCGAUGGACGUGGUCGAGAAGCACGUCUUGUUCCGACCCAUGGCCCCACCAAACGGCAGCGGCGCCGGCCAAGGCACGGUACCCGACAUACUCUUCUCCGGCACCGCCACCGUGCACGAGGACGGCAGCGUGACCAACAACAACGAGGGCCAGCACCUCGCCUGCUUCACCGGCGGCAUGUUCGCCCUGGGCGGGCGGCUGUUCGACAACCCCCACCACCAAAAGAUCGGCGAGCAGCUGGCCCGCGGCUGCGCGUGGGGUUACGCGAGCUUCCCGACCGGGUUGCUGCCCGAGAUGUUUGGCACAUCGGUCUGUCCGACCAUCGACAAGCCGUGCGCGUGGGACGAAGCGCGGUGGACGAGGGAGCUCCAACCGCCGUGGGAGAAGCCAAAAGUCAACGGGAACGGGGCCGUCCACGGGUCCGAAAAGACAAAGCUGCUCCCGCGCGGCUUCACCCACGCCCGCGACGCGCGAUACAUUCUCCGGCCCGAGGCCAUCGAGAGCCUCUUUGUGCUGUACCGGAUCACGGGCCAGGAUGAGCUGCGCAAUAUUGCGUGGCGGAUGUUUCUGGACAUACAGGUGGCGACGUCGACGCCGCUUGCGAAUGCUGCCAUUAAUGACGUUACCGAGACUGGCAAGGUGAAGCAGAUUGAUUCGAUGGAGAGCUUUUGGCUGGCAGAGACAUUAAAAUAUUUCUACCUAAUAUUCUCCGACCCCAAUGUUAUCAGCCUGGAUGACUGGGUGCUCAAUACGGAGGCGCACCCUUUCAGACGACCUAAGACGCGAGACUUGAGCAAAACAUAA